GGCCUAUAAAAGCCCUCGUGGUCGUGUUGUCACUGGUUAGUGGAGUUGCACUACUGCACUACUGUACGGAAAAUGAAUAGUGAGCUAGGAGGGAAGGUCACAAAUGAAGAAACUCUUCUGAAACAUCAGCAGCACCUGCAACGACAAAGAGAUGUCAUUACCUACAGGAUGAAGAGGCUGGCAGCUAAGCAGGAAGAGAUAACAAAGAACACCAAUGCAGUGAAGGACAAAAUCAGGAAGAAGUAUGAAGACAUGAAGCGGAUUUUAGAUGAGGAUCUUCGCAUCACUCUGACCCAGCUGGACACAGAGCACGAGGCCAUGGAGAAGUUAGUGGAGGAGAGGAUGGAGGACUGCUACCAUCUCACCCAGGAACUGAACCAAGAACUGGACAACCUUGACGCCUAUGUGAAAAAGGACACACAAGAUGUUGAUAUUGAGAGUGCUGAAACAGAAAAAAGAAUUUCUGAGACUCUGAAGGUGACUCACCCUGACCUGAUUCAGAUGGAUGAGUUCAAGAAUGAACAGCUGCUGAGUCUUACCAUCAACCUGCUGCUGUUAAUCAGAUCCCAGGUCCCUGUCACCAAGAAACUGUUUCAGAGCUAUGCUGCAGAUGUCGUCCUUGACGCUGACACCGCCCACCCCAAGCUGAUCAUCUCCCCCAAAGGGGACUCAGCCACCUACACAGGCACCUGGCAGGACGUCCCUGAGACUCCCUCCCGCUUUGACAACACCCUAAACGUAGUCAGCCAGCAGGGCUUCACCAAGGGCCGCCAGUACUGGGAGGUGGAGGUGAGUGGGAAGAGCUACUGGGAGCUGGGGCUCACCUACCCGAGCAUCCCACGCAAAGGCCGCAAGGAGGACUGCUGGCUGGGCCGAGGCAAAGAGUCUUGGUGUGUGGAAUACUUCAAUGGAGACUACACGGCGUGGCAUGGGGGUGUCCAGCAUGAGCUGACUCUGCUGGCAGGUAAACAGUUCACUCGCAUUGGGGUAUACUGCAGCUUCCCUGGGGGUUUGGUGUGCUUCCUUGGAGCUGAUACCAUGACCCCCAUCCACUGCUUCUGUACUGGGACCUUUACUGACACCUUACAUCAAGCGUUAUGUCCUGGUCAUGACAAUGAAGGCACAAACUGGAAGCCCCUUCAAAUCCGUGAUGCUUCCCGAUCAGCUCCUGUUCUCUGAGCUGGGGCUGGAAGGCCUAAGGGAGACUGUGGGUGUCAGGUUAUUCAAAAUGCUUUGGAGGGAAUUUUUAAGGUCAAUCUCAAUGUUCGAUUACAAUCUGCAGUCAUGUUGUUCAUUUCCAGUCAUUCAUGCUUUUCUUUAUAGUGGACAUACCAAAGCUAACAUGACGUUAGAGCUGUCCUUCAUACUGUGGGACAGUGCUUAUUUUUUAAAGUUUAUUUUUAAUGCCAUGAUAAAGCAGAAUACCCAGUUGACGAAUUGCAAACGACAGAAGUUGAGUUGGGAAAGAAAGAAAUAAUAAAUAACCUUUAAUUUGGUAAGAUAGAUCUGCUUUUAAGCUUUCAAGAUUUGGGAUUUGUCUACCAUUACUUUAACUCAAGGAGUAAAGCUGGUGUUAUCCUAUAUUUUUCUUAUUCUCAACAAAUCUCAUGAAAAUAACAAAAACGCAUUAUUCUACCUCUCAAUACUUCCGACCCGCCUGUAGCACUAAGUCCCAAGCCCAGUGGUUUCCACUAAAUCUUAUAUAAAAUCAGUCACAAAAAUAGAGCAAUAGUAAUAAGUAAUGGGCACUGUAAAUUUUAUCAUGUUUCUCAAAUAUUAGUAAAUAUUGUAUUUGUUAGGGACUCCUUUUAGUUGCAGAUUAAUACACAUUUGGUGCUCUAGUGAGUAUUUACAAUAUCCAGAUGAUGUGUGUGUUCAACUCCAUAAAAACAGUAUAGUGUCCAUAUUUCUCAUAAUGAAGCAACAUGUCACUCAGUUAGUAUGGCUCACUGAUGUGUUUUAAUAUAUACAGGAAUAUUUUAGUUAGAUCACUUCAUUGUUGGUUUUCGUCUUAUUAUGAGAUUUGUUGACAAUAAUAUAGAAAAAUAUAGAAUAUCUCCAGCUUUAUCUUUAAACUGUAAACGGAAAGCUGAAAGAGUUUGUCUACUAUUAAAGUAUGGACGGCUGAAAAUUCAACCUAACACUGAGAGUAACUUAUAGGUAUAGCUCUAAAAAUUCAAAACGAUUCUUGUAAUAUCUUCAAUAUUUGGUUGAGUAAAUUAAGGUAAAUGUAUUAACAUGUAUAAAGCAUCUUCCUGGUGUCAAAAACAGCAGCCUCUAAAUGUGGUCUGUGUUUACAGAUGUGCAAGAGAAAUGACACACAACUUAUUACACAAUAAAUUCUUUAUGUUUAUUACAAUAAAAUGUU